CACACUGCGGGCGAUUCUUCCGCCGCGGCACCAUCUACCAAGAUGGACGAGGACGAGAUCAUGUCCUCAAUGGACGGUGAUGACGACGACGAGAUCGGCACUGGAACUGGUGCAGACGAUUUGUCCGAAGCCACUUUUGACGAAGACGAAGAAGGUGAGAACAUUGAGGACAUUGAUGCUGGGUUCAAGUUCGGCACAGUUCCACGGGAUCAGUUGAAAGGUUUGCAAGCUCACGAGAUGCUUGCAAAGUGGAGCGAGGUGUUGAUGCCUAUCGAGGUUGAUCUCAUUUCCGAAUUGGACGCGUCAAACUUGUUUUUCAUCAACGUGGAAUCUGUCAUCUGCAACCUGAUCCUGUCAAAAGAGAUCGAAUUCCAGGAGGACGCGCAGUUCUUGCGGCUUACAUAUGCCGUAGAGCAGCUGCUGAGCAGCAUCAAAGGUUGCGGCGGCGUCUUCAGGCUGAUUUUCUUCGACUGCGCCAAAAAGCUGUUCGCUCAAGCCUUCCCCGACUCUGUCUGGGCCUUCCGGCAGGCCUUCCUGGCACAUUGCAAGGAGACCAGCGUGGACCACUCCGAGUUCCCGCACUGGUACGGUUCAGAAUUCAAGCAGCAGGUUCAGGAGUGGAGGCCGUCCCUGUUCUUGGUAGCCAGCGACUUCAUCGAGCUCGAGGAUCCAGACGAGGACGACGAGGACGAGGACCCCGUGGUGACCGCGCAGUUGCGCGGGUUCUUUCACGCCAUGAUGCUCGGCUGCCUCUCGUUCAGGACGCACGUGGUGCUGCUCCGCGGUAUGCAGCGCCGCGGCAACCGCGUGAUGGCUUUCGCGCUGGAGCCCGACUACCACAACAUGCAAAUCGACAAGGAGGUGAGAGAAGCAUUCACGAAGACCCUUGAAGCGAAAGACGAAGAUGAAGAGGAGGAAGAGGAGGACGUCGGCCAGGCACUCGCUGACUUCGCAAAGCGCGCUGGUGAACAGGCCAAGCCCAACGCUCUGCUGCGGUCAUUCUUGUCGUGUCGGUGGGCGAAUGAAACUCUGGAGAUGUGUGCAGGCGAGAACCCCCAGACCAGACAGCUAAUGCAGUUGGUGGUGAAGGCGCUGUUCCUGCAGGAGGCGUUCGUGCGCUACAUCAAGCUGGACAAGCGGUCGUUCAACAUCCCCGCCGUGGAGGAUUGGCCCCUCUUCGAGGACUCCAUUUCCAGCGCCAUGGAUCGCUACUUCACCAAGAUGGCAGCAGACCUGGAGAAAGUAAUGAGGUCACGGCCAGAAGGGGUACCGCUCCAGGCAGCUGACAUGUUCGACGGUCGCCUCUACCGGUACAUAUUCCAUAUCAUCAUCACUAAGGGCCUCGCUGGCAAUGGCAAGGUGGAGGCAGAUUUCUUCAAGUUGCAGGACUGGGUCAUGAAAGAGGUUCAGUUUCUGUGGGCCGAGAGCGGCUCUUCGGAGCCUUUCUUUCCUAUCGCCAUGGACGCCUUGAAGAGCCUCCCGAACAUUCAGCCACCUGACAUGCCUGCCAGGUUGCCAGCGAUGGCGAAACCGGAACUCGCCGAUAUCAAGUCCGAUUUCUUGGAGGCCCUCUGGGAGGAUGCGACUUUCAAGGACAUGAAAAUGGUGGAGAUCACGGACGUGGAGGAAGAUAAUGUCCUCUGGGCUGAUGAAAACAACUCAGACGCUCGUACGUAUCAGUGGAACAAAUAUGCAUCGAUUGACUCCUUCAAGGAAGAGGAGAACAUGGAUGAUAACGAGGCGCAAAAAGCGGAGAAAGCGAAGCUGGCUGAGAAGAAGAAGGUCACAGCUUGGGACAUUGAAUUUCAGCGUAAGUUCGCGCUGAAGAAGAGGCAGCUUGCUUUGCGGGCUCUCUCGCAGUAUUCUAAGUCCCUGACUGGCUCCGAUAAGCUACACCCCCCAAUCAUCAUGAAGACGGAGAAGGAGAAGGAAAAGGAGGCUGAGGCGGAGAGGGAAAGGGAGAAAGCGACGAUUAGCAAGAAGCAGCAGGAGAUUUUGGAUAAACGAAAGCUCGAAGAGACCGCCAAGCUAGAGGCGGACGACGCCGCGAGGCUGAAAGAGAAAGAGCCGGCGGCGGAGAAGCUUGCUGAGACAUUGGACCUUGCUAAGCUUGAGAAGGACUUGCUGGACAUGUGCCUGGGCUUCACGCGCAUAACUGACACGUUUGUCGGCUUCCCUGGCAUCACCUCAAGUCUAAAGACACCGGAAGCACAGUUGAAGCUAUCCAGGUAG